AUGACAGACACCUACAACCUCGUCCAAUCGCACUACGGCGAAAUCGCCAAACGCAACACCUCUUCAACACAACAACAAGCCCAGAUCAAAGAAGAAAACGUCGCCAAAUCCUUCGGCUACACCGCAGACGACCUCGCCUCUCUCCCCGACAAAACGAACCUAGGCCUAAGCUGCGGAAACCCAGUUGGACUAGCGAAUGUCAAAGAAGGCGAGACUGUUCUUGAUUUAGGUAGUGGUGCUGGGAUUGAUGUGUUUCUUGCUGCGAAGAAGGUGGGUGGGAAGGGGAGGGCGAUUGGGGUUGAUAUGACUAGAGACAUGAUCGAUCUAGCAACAACAAACGCCCAAAAAGCAAACCUGCCCAACACCACCUUUCUCGAAUCCAGAAUCACAUCGAUCCCCCUCCCCGACUCCACAAUCGACUGCAUAAUCAGCAACUGCGUGAUCAACCUCGUCCCUACAACCGACAAACCAUCUGUCUUCCGCGAGAUCUUCCGGCUAUUGAAAUCUGGCGGACGCGUCGCUGUUAGCGAUAUCCUGGCUAGGAAGCCGUUGCCGGAGAGUAUUAGUGGGGAUAUGGCGUUGUAUGUGGGGUGUGUUGCGGGGGCGAGUUUGGUGGGGGAGUAUGAGGGGUGGUUGAGUGAAGCCGGAUUCAAAGAUGUGUUGAUUGUGGAUGCGAAAUCCGAUCUGAACGUUUACAAGACGCUAGAGCCGAGUUCUUGCUGUGGGUCGAGUGGUUGCUCGACUAGUACGGAGGUUGAUUCUUCGAAAAUUGAUUUUAAUGAGUGGGCUGGGUCUUUCCAGAUUUACGCCAUUAAGCCUUAA